UGGUUUACGCCAAACUCAGCUUUCCUUAUUCUAAAUUGUUUGUGUCUCUGGUUUCUCAAAGUCCCCCAUUACUAUAAAGAACCCACCCUUUUCUCCUCUCUCUCUCCUCAAACUCAAACUCAAAAUACUUCCCCUUCCUUCUUUUUUCCCUCCUUUUCUGCUUCCCUUUUUUUUAAUUUCUCUCUCCUCAAAACCUCAAAUGAGAGAUUAUUAUAAGUACUGAACAUGUGUUUCUAGGAACUUGCACAUCUUCUCCUCAGACCAAAACCCAAACAAAACUCUCUUCUUCCUGUUUUUGAGAGUUUCUGUUUUUCUCGUAACAGUAAAUUUGAGUUUACUGUUACAGAAGCAGGACCAUUUUAGAGGUAAAAAACAAACAAAAAACAGAAAUGGAGAGGAUGAAUUUUGUGAAGAAUGGGGUGUUGAGGUUGCCACCUGGGUUCCGGUUUCACCCUACAGACGAAGAAUUGGUUGUGCAGUACUUGAAACGGAAAGUUUAUGAUUGUCCUUUGCCUGCUUCUAUCAUCCCUGAAGUUGAUGUUUGCAAGUCUGACCCAUGGGAUUUGCCUGGGGAUAAAGGUCAAGAGAGGUACUUUUUCAGCACAAGAGAAGCCAAGUACCCAAAUGGGAACAGAUCAAACAGGGCAACAGUGUCAGGGUACUGGAAAGCCACUGGCAAAGACAAGGCUGUUGUAGCUGGUGGUAAGAGUAAUCACCACCAUGGCAACCACCACAACAACAGCCCACUUAUAGUUGGGAUGAAGAAGACUCUGGUGUUUUACAGGGGGAAGCCUCCAAAUGGGUCAAGGACUGAUUGGAUUAUGCAUGAGUAUCGCCUCGUUGACACCAGUCAAGCUCUAAUCAACCCACAAGCUCUCAAUUCACCUUUCAAACGGGGUUUACUACAGAAAACAGGGGAAGCAACAGGGGAUUGGGUAUUGUGCAGGAUUUUCCUUAAGAAAAGGAACAAUGCAGCUGCCAAAAAUGAUCAAGAGGAAGAAGAAGAAGAAGGGAUUGUUUGUCAGGAGGAAGAUGACAAAGGUUGUAGCAAAAUGCUUGGGAAUGAGAAGCCAGUUUUCUAUGAUUUCAUGGCAAGAGACUUGAAUCUCCCUGCAACUUGUUCCUCUUCUUCGGGUUCGAGUGCCGUCACCGAUGUCGACGGUAACGACAACAUCAAAACCGACGACAUCAAUGUAGAGUCGUCGGAGGAGCGAGAUGACAGCAGCAGCAGCUGCAAUAGCAUCUCAUUUCUUAGAAGAAAACCUUAACAGUUAACCCCCCACCCCCACCCAACUACUAGCACUUAAUUAAUGUACCAAGUUACAACUUGCAAGUAACAAGUAGAGUACUACUAGUAAAAAUAACCAAUCUUUUUAAGUUCAAAAAAUAUUUCA